GUUCUGUUGCUGUUUAAGUCUCUGCCGGGUGCUGUUCUGUUGUCCACCUCCACCUCCUCUACUUCACCACCACCACCACCACCACCUCUUCUCUUCUCAACACACAUGCACUCCCUCCGCCGCCUCUUCAGGCGCGACGACCGCUCCUCCUCCUCAUCUUCAUCCACCCCCUCCGCCAAACCCUCCUCCUCCCCCCGCCCACACAUCCCCACCCCCGCCCAGCAAUGGACCCGCACGCGCAUCAAACCCGACCACGCAGCGCGCUUCCUCGCCCUCGCCUCGUCCGAGAUAAAACUCCGCGGCGUGCUCGAACCCCUCGUCCUCCUCCCCUUCCGCCCGGCGUUCACCGCCCGCGACUCCCAGCGCUUCCUCGCACGCGUCUUCCCCGACACCGACGACCUCGGCUACGCGAUCCCCAUCCUCGACGACAAGGAUCUCCAGCGUGAGGUCCGGAUCGCUGAUGUCUCUGUGCUUGUCAGCGCUGUUAAGUGGGUAUGGGCACGGCUGCCUGGUGGUGUCGUCACCUGGGACGUCUACGAGGUCUUCAAAGCUGCCGAGGAGGACUCCGGCAUGAACGAAGACGCAUUCACAAAGCUGAUCCCCGCCCUCGUCGACACCCCCGCCCGCGCAGACAUCAUCUUCUCCUUCUUCGACCUGCUCUCCUCCGUCGCCGCCCACUGGAAAACAUCCGGCAUGACCGGUCUCAAACUCAGCCGUCUCUGCGCCUGGUGGGCGUUUCCUCUCCAGGACGAGUUCGAGCCUGGAAAUAGGAAACCGACCUUUGCUGAGGGAUACAAGGCUUGGUUGCAUGCCGCCAAUGCCUCUUCCCAUCUCUUCUUCGCCUACCUCCGCUCCCAAGCCCACCUCCCCUCCAGCUCCGCAACCGCAAUCUCGACCCUCCCCCGCACACUCUCCUCCCUCCUCUCCUCCACAACCUACCCACCCCCGUCCUCCGCCCCCGCCUACGCCUCCGCCCCGCUCCUCAUCCUCUCCAUCCCCGUGCGCGAGUACUCCUCCUCUCCGCACCGCAUCCUCGAGGAAUUCCUCGGCCUCGCCGAGCGCGACCCGCGGAUCGGGAGCAUUGCUGCCGUGCGCGAUCCCAGCGUCGAGGCGUUCCUUAAGGCUUCCGCGGGCGAGGUCAUGGAUGCGUACUUGACCCCCGAGUGCGCGCGGCUCAUCUCUGAGAUUUCAUCGUUCGAGAGCGCGUUGCUGGUCCGCAAAAUGAUUAUGAGUCGGCAGCAGGUGCAGGAGCAGCAGCAAAAGGAGCAAUUGCUAAAACAGCAGCAACAGCAACAACAACAACAACAGCAACAACUCUCGCUUACAGACGAAGAGUUUGUAGGUGACCGCUCACCCUGGGUCGCGUUCGAAUCUCGUGGCUUCCAAAACCAAUCUCCCUCGAUCUCCUCGCUCGGCAGCGCUACCCCUAUAUCCGCCGCCUCCUCCCCUGCCUUUGCCUCAAUCUACCAAGACAGCCCCAAGUCCUUCUCCGGCAAAGACAGUCCCGCUCCGACAACCGACCCCGCGCAGCCACUCGAGCUCGCUGAAAUCGUCCUCGACCAGUCGUUCUGGUGGGUCUGGCUCUGCGCCCACGGACCCGAGGAAACAAUCUCCUCGCGCUCGUCCGUGUUCUCGGCCUGCGUGAUCGCCGAGAUCGACGGCUUCGGCGCCAGCAGCCGCUUCGGCAGACGCGCAUCCCGCGUCGGCGACCGCUACGUCGUCUUUGAAGAACGUCUGCUCGACGCCGCGCCUGCCUCGUCGUCGAAAACGCACUACCGCCGGCGCUCGCUCAGCGUCAGCUCCGGCACCGAACUGCGCAGACUCGCGUCGCGAGGGUUCAACAACUUCCGCAGUCGCCGACGGUCGGAGAAGUCGCUGGUCACGGCCGCGAGCGUGCGUUUGCGCGACCGGCCGUCGCUGUUGUCGCUCUAUAAGGAGUAUCAGACCGGGCAGGCGACCGUCAAUAUCGUCGGCAGCAGCAAGACCGACGAAGAGCGCGUCCGUCGCGUGCGAGAGAUUGUGAACGUGACGCCCGCUGUCCCCGAUAUCCCCGACUUCUACAAAGACAGCCCCGCCGAGCCCUCGUCAAGACCGGACCUAUCCUCCCCGCUCUACCAGGCCCUCGACUGGAAAACCGAGCCCGAGCUCUCGAUCCAGGAGGAAAUCGAGCGCCUAUCGACGUCAACUGGCUCGCGCUCGCACCACAAUCCACAACCGAGCACGAUCCUCGAGCUUGAGGAAGGCGUCAGCUGUGCGCUGCGAUGGGCGAAUUCGCCGCCGUCGUCGAUUACCGAGAAUUCUGCGUCGUCGCUCGUUCGCGCGGAUCGGUUUGGGUCGAGUGCGGAGGAGGGGGCGUUGCCUACGCCGCCUAUGACACCGCAGCAGCAGCAGAAGCAGCAGCAGCAGAAGCAGAAGCACUCAAGUAUCAUCUUCUCAUCGCUCGAUCUACAAACCCAGCCGUCGAUAAGCGACGCGACGCAGCGCGUCAAGCGGACGAGUUCGAAGAAGAAGGAUUUGCUGAGGAGUAAGUCCACGAUGGGCUUCUCGCUCGCCAGACUAAACUCGCGGGGAAAUAUCAGCAGCAGCAAAGAAGCGAGCGAGGAUGACGACGAGGAAGUUGAUUCCGCGAGCCGAAUCAGACAGUACGCGAGUGUUGGAAACUUCCCGCUUGCAAUCACAGGUCCGCCGCCGCCGUUGCCUGAAGCAAACGAGGAAGCGGCGCGUACCGGCGGCAAAUCUGCGACUACUACUACGACGAGAAAAGUGCAGCCUAAGCCAUCGUUGAUUGCGCGUCUCAGAAGUAGUGUCUCGCGGCGGGAUAUCAGGGGAAUGACGACGGCAAAACCGCCGCCGCCGCCUUCGCAGCAGCAGCACGAGAGCACGAGCGAGAGCGACGACGCAGAGGCGGUAGAUCGUCAACCGCCUGCCGGCGGACCAAGAACCGCCGCCGCGCCGCUGCCGAAACGAAAGAUCCCGACUCGGAAACCAGUACCGUCCACGACCGCGACCGAGAACCAGCCACCGCUCGCGGACCAAGUGAACGGGUCCGAGACGGCGCGGCGACAGAGAAAAGAAGACGGGCAGCGCAAGAAAGAAGCAGCCGCGCAGCGCAAGCGCGAGGAGGCGGCCAAGAUGAAGAAAGAGCUUGCGGACGCAAAGAUCGAGGCCGCGAGAGCGAAGCAGGAAGCUGCGCGCGCGAAACGCGAGGCGGUUGCUGCGGCGAGGAAGACAAAGUCGUCGUCGUCGUCGUCGUCGCCUGCGUUGGGCGGCAGCGGCGGAGCGCAGGUGCAGCCGAGUACGUCGCGAUACCAUCUUCCGCAGAUGGCGGAGUUGAAAGCGGAUAUGCUGCGAUCUGCGUCGUCGUCCUCGUCUGCGUCGGCGUCGUCGUCGACGACACAUAACCCGUACUCCACGCCGCCGCCGCCGCCGCCGCCGGUGGAAUAUCGUCACUCGCCGAGUCUGGCGGCUGAGCAGCAGCAGCAGCAGGCCGCUGCGCCGGUGGCAAGUCGGUCGUCGCCGGCUUUGCGAAGCGGUGCGGGUAGACAUUUACCUCCCCCUUCCUCCACCCUUCCCCGGCCCUCAACAACACGACCUCCUCCUCCUACCUCUUCUUCAACUACAGCCGCCCCGCGCGGUCUAGCGAUCCAAAUGCAAAAACCAGCACAAGACCUCCGCCCCUCGCCCGACCCCUUCUCCCCCACCGCCUCAUCUCACCGCCUCCGCCGCCCCUCGCCAGCAUCACAAACCUCGUCCUCUACCCCGCCGUCCUCAUCCUCGCCUUCCUCGCUGAAAAGCCCCCCGUUCGCAGCCCCGGAGAAUAGAUGGAAAGAAAUCCACGAAACCCAGCUCGCGGCCCGCUACGCCUCCAUCGCAGGCGUGCCUCUCCCGCCUGUCUCCGGCACCUCCGCUGGUGGUAGUGGUGGUAGUAGUCCGAUGACGCGGGCUAGUUCUGCAAAGACGAAGGGCGAGAGUCCGUUUCCGGAUCGCGAGGCGGUGCGGACGAUGACUGCUGAACUUGCUGCCGUCGCGGGGGAAGCUGACGGCGGUGAGGCAGAGAGAUCUGCUGUUGAGUUGCGUUGAUUUCUUUGUUGAUUCUGCUUCUUUUUUUAUGCGGAGUAGAUCUUUCUGCAGUGUUUUUUUUUUGAUUCUUUCUUGUAUAGUAUACUAUCUUGCUUUUACUUUCUUGCUAUGUUUUCUUGGUUUAUCUCUUUGGUAUACUUGAUCCGUUCUACACAUAAUGUUUAAUAAUAUAAUGCACGCUCAACCCACCCAUAUACACCC